AUGUUUUCGUCCGCGAAACCGUUCUCGGCCGUAUCGGUCCAAAUCGAGGUCCUGACCAGUGAGCAAUACGAGGUGGAAGACUCCAGUGGUAUCGUGGACCUCAUCGAAGUGGUUCGCAUCCAAGGGAGCGGGCCCCAAGAAGCCAGCCGAGCGCUGCGGAAGAAGCUGAAAUAUGGCAACAUCCACCGCCAACUUCGAGCUCUGACAAUCCUGGACUUUUUGAUUCAAAAUGCGGGUGAACGCUUUCUCCGGGAGUUCGCUGACGAACCCCUACUGGAACGUCUUCGUAUCGCCGGCACCGAUCCGGUGUCUGACCCUCUCGUGAAGGAAAAGUGCAAGCAGCUGUUUGGGCAAUGGGCGGUGACCUAUAAGGAUACGCCUGGGAUGCAGAAGAUUGCUGCGCUGUACAGACAACUGCCAAAACGAAAACAACCAGCCACACAGGCCAAGGCGAAGGUCCUCCGGGAGGGCAGCGGCCAGUCCGAGACUCCAAUGGGUCACACGGUGACCAUCUCGGCCGGCAAUGGACCAGCCACCACUCUUAGUAGCCCCAAACAAAAGUCCAAGUCGAAAGACAAGAAGAGAGAGAAGAAGCUGUCAAUCAGCCCCAAGAACUUUAACCUCGAACGCGAGCGUCCACAAAUCUACGAGACCAUUGCCUCGGCGUCCGUGGCGAGCACUAACCUGCUGAACUCGCUGAAAUUGGUUAAUCGCGAGACCACUCGUGUCAGCGAUGACGCGGAAUGUAGCCAUCGAUUCAAUAUGUGCAAGAAACUCCGUCAUCAAAUCCUCCGUUACAUUCAGCAGGUGGAAAGUGAGGAGUUCCUGGGAGGGCUCAUCCACGCCAACGAAGAACUUGUGACCGCUCUGAUGGCCUUCGAAGUCCUCGACAAGAGCUUGGAUUAUGACAGCGACAGUGAUGACGAUGUCUUGUCGGGCAAUUGGCGCUCUCGAUCUGAGAUGCACUCCGACAUGAACGACAGUUUCAGUGGAUUGUCGAUCAAUCCUCCCAGGCCACCCCGGCCAAGCCCGCCGGUGGCCUCGUCAUCUCGGCCACCGCCUGAAAGUGAAAGCGAAAGCGAAGAAUCAGAAGACGAUGACGAAAACAACCCAUUUGGAGAUCGCAAUGCGAUCAAGACGCCUGGGCUUGACAAGUCAGGAUAUUCCUGGUAA